AUGGGGAAAAGAAAGCACCUGAAGGUGUCAGAAAUUGAAAAUGGAGACGUAGAAAUGACACAGAGCGUGGAAGUGGAAGAACCGGUUGAAAAUGGUGGUGAAAUGAAUGAAUCUUUCGAUGGCAAUGAUAAUGCCAGUGAGUCAGAAUCAGAAGAUUUAGACCAACCACAAGAUCAACAACCUCCUAAACCACAAGGACGUCCUACUAAGAAACAAAAGAAACAACUCUCGGCCCAAGAGAUCCAAGUGGCUCGAGAAACAGCCGAAUUAUUUAAAUCCAAUAUCUUCAAACUUCAAAUAGACGAGUUAAUCAAAGAAGUUAAACUCAAAGACACUCAUGUUACAAAGAUAGAAAAGGUGUUACACAAACUUCACGAUCUCAUCAAAGAAAUCCCACCAAUUGAAAAUUUAUCAUUAGAAGAGAUUGAAUCUAGAUUCACAUCCAAAAAGGUAGUUAUCCCAUUCCCUGACCCUAAACCAACCAAACUUAACUAUAAGUUCUCAUAUUAUCCACCCGAAGAUGUCAGUUUAGUAGGAUCAUUCGGAUUGAAAACAGGGAUUUUACAACAAAAUGGAAUGUCCAUUGAUAUGGCUUUAACUAUGCCUAAAGAAUUAUUUCAACCAAAAGAUUACUUAAACUACAGAAUUUUAUACAAGAGAGCUUUCUAUUUGGGAUAUUUGGCAGAAAAUUUGAUUUCCUUAACCAAAAAGAAUAAUUUACCUGUGAAAAUCACUUACAAAUACUUAAAUGAUGAUGUUUUAUGUCCAAUAUUAAGAUUAGAAAGUAUUAAAACUGAUAAUCCUCAAGAUUUAUGUUUCCACAAAACCAAAUUUACCAUAAAUAUCAUCUUGGGAUUCCCAUACGGAAUCUUUGAUGUUAAGAAAUUAUUACCUAAUAAGAAUUGUAUAAGAAUCCAAAGUGAUGAAGAAGAAUUACCACCAACUCCACUUUAUAAUGCAUCAAUCUUAUCAUCCACAUCAUAUGAUUACUACUUGAAAUACUUAUAUAUAUCGAAAAAGGCAGCUGAAAGCUUCAAAGAUGCAUGUAUUUUAGGGAAAAUCUGGCUUAACCAACGAGGUUUUAAUUCUAAUUUCAGUAAAGGAGGAUUCGGACAUUUCGAAUUUGCUACUUUGAUGAGUGCUUUAUUACAUGGUGGAGGUUUGAAUGGUAAUAAGAUCCUUUUACAUGGAUUUUCUUCAUAUCAAUUGUUUAAAGGUACCAUCAAGUAUCUUGCUACCAUGGACUUAUCAUCAGGAUAUCUUUCAUUUUCUUCACUUAUUGGUGAAAGUGUCGCUUCAAAAUAUAACCAAGAAGGUUUUAAUGUCCCAACUAUCUUUGAUAAGAACCUUAAACUCAACAUUCUUUGGAAAAUGACCAAUUAUUCCUAUAGUUUAUUAAAAAGGUUUGCCCUGGAAACUUUGGUGUUACUUAAUGAUGUGGUUAAAGAUAGAUUCGAUCCUAUCUUGUUACACAAUGUCAACCAAGAUUAUCUUAAAUAUGAUAUGGUGUUAAAUAUCACAGUUCCUGAUUUGGAAGAAUUCGGACCUUCAGAAAAGAUCACUUUCUUAACCUUGGAGAAUUUCAUCAUGAACAAACUUUAUGUGAUUUUAAAACGAGCUCUUGGUGACAGAGUAUUAGAAAUAUCCAUCAAAGUUGACGAUUUCAUUAAUUCUUUCAGUAUCAACAAAAGAAAGAUUACUUCCCAAUCUAAUAAUUACACCAUCGGACUUAUAUUUAAUGCCGAUGAGUGCGAAAAACUCGUUACUAAAGGUCCAAAUAAUGCCGAUGAAGAAGGAGGUGCAUUAUUCCGUAAUUUCUGGGGAUCUAAAGCAUCAUUAAGAAGAUUUAAAGAUGGAACUAUUCAAAAUUGUGUGGUUUGGCAAUAUCAACAAGAACCUAUUGUAUUAUCAAUCAUCAAAUAUAGUUUGGAUAAUCAUUUCCAUGAAGAUAUUUCAUCACAUAUUUCCACUGAAAUCAAUACUUUCAACAAAUUAUUACCAAUCCCAUUAUUACCAUCAGGUUCCAAUCAAUCAGUUACUUCCACCACGGCAUUUACCAACUUAAAAACAUCAUUUGAUAGCUUAUCUAAGGUUUUAAGUAAUUUAACCUUACCUUUGAAUAUUAAAGCCAUUACUCCUGCUUCUGCUAGUUUAAGGUAUACUUCAGUAUUACAACCUGUACCAUUUGCAGUAUCUAAUCCUGAUUUCUGGAACGAAUGUGUUUUACAAUUUGAAUCAUCAUCAAGGUGGCCAGAUGAGAUUUCAGCUUUAGAGAAAACUAAAACUGCUCUUCUUUUAAAGAUCCUUGAUCUUUUGAACAAAGAAUCUAUUUACAAAGCUUUCAUAACUCAAGAUCAUUCCAUUUCCGGGAAUAAUUACAUAACAUUAUUGAAUAUUUUAACCCCUGAAGGAUUUGGAUUCAAAAUCAGAGUUUUAACUGAAAGAGAUGAAGUGUUAUACUUAAGAGCUAUUGAUAAUGCUUCAGAUAAACAAAAAUCUCGUUUACAAGAUAUUUAUCUUAUGUUCAAUAAGAAGUAUAUGGGAGUUGUUAAACAUUCACGUACUAUCACAUCAUUAACUCAUCAUUACCAGUUCUAUUCACCUACCGUAAGAUUAUUCAAAUAUUGGUUAGAUAGUCAUCUUUUGUUGAAUCAAUUCAGUGAAGAAUUGGUAGAAUUAAUAGCUUUGAAACCUUUUGUUGAUCCAGCACCUUAUUCUAUUCCUCAUUCAGUAGAGAAUGGAUUCUUAAAGAUUCUCAACUUUUUGGCCAAUUGGAAUUGGAAAGAUCAAAGUCUUAUUCUUGAUUUAGUCAAACUUAAUGAUACUUUAGAUCUUAAUGAAGGGAAAUUACUUGAAGAAUUCGAUUCAAAGAACCUUUCUGAUAAGUUAAGUAUCCAAUCAUAUCAAUUGAUUGAGAAGAAUUUUGAAAAAAUCAGAAAAUUAGACCCUUCAGCUAUUAAAACUCAACUUUUUAUUGGUUCUAAAGAUGAUCCUUCAGGUAUUUUAUGGUCUAAUGAACUUACUUUACCUAUAGCUUCAAGAUUAACAUCAUUAGCUAGAGCAUCAAUGGAUUUGAUUAACUCAUCAGGAGUUACUUCUCAAACUAUUGAACUAUUAUUUACUCCAGUUUUGAAAGAUUAUGAUUUUACCAUGGCUUUGAAAACCAAUAAGUUGGCUGUUAGUGCUGGAGUAUUACCUUCAACCAAUAGUUUCAAGAACUUGGUCAACGGACCAUCAUCUUUCCCUUCAGAUCUCAUCAACUUAUAUGACUUAAGUAUGGCAUUUAGUGAAGAUCUUAAUAGAAAAUUUGGUAGUGUUAUCAUAUUUUCAUCCCGAAAAUUCGGGUUUUUACAUAGUGAUGGAUCCAACAUCAUCACAGGUUUAUUCAUUCCUUCAAACUUAUCUAAGAAGAAAUUUAAAGUCAAUUUUGGUAUUCACAUCAAACCAGUAGAUAAAGAUGAAGUGGUUAUUAACAAGGAUUCCAUUAUGAAGCAAAUUGAACUUUUAGGUGGAGAUUUAAUUAAGGAUUUAACACUUGUAAAAAGUCUGUAA